AUGAUCCGCUUCGGCUCGGGUCUGGUGAUGGAGCCCGGUGAGGAGGCUGAUCAUUCUUGGGCUGAGCUGACAUCGAGGCUCAAUAAAACAAGCUUCCAAAGCUCCAUCUACAAGACCUACAAGACCAAACCAGCCAUCACAUUCAAGAUGCAGUUCUCCAACCUCGUUACCCUCCUCUCUUCCGUCGCCGCCGCGACCGCCGUCUCUGUCUCCUACGACACUGGCUACGAUGACGGCUCCCGCUCUCUGGACGCCGUCUCCUGCUCCGACGGCGCUAACGGCCUCAUCACUAGGUACGGAUGGCAAAACCAGGGCCAGAUCGCCAAGUUCCCCUACAUUGGCGGCGCUGAUGCCAUUGCCGGAUGGAACUCUGCUAGCUGCGGUACCUGCUGGCAGCUCACCUACAACGGCAGAAGCAUCAAUGUUCUCGCCAUCGACCACGCCGGGUCCGGCUUCAACCUCGCCCUCGGCGCCUUGAACGACCUUACCAACGGCCAGGCCGCUCAGCUCGGCCGCAUCGACGCCCAAGCUACCCAGGUUGGCCUCAACGCCUGCGGUCUGUAA